AUGGAGGACAUGGAUCUCUCCCUCUCCCCCGCAUCCUCCAUGGCGUCCGACGCAGACGGCCUGCCCAGUCCUCGGAAAAAGACCCGGGUGCAGUUCGACGAAGACGUGGAAAUGCGGGAGAUUUCGUACAACGACAAGACACAGGACGGGAGUCAAGGGACAACGGACAAGAGCGCAGCCGUGGUGAGAGAGGAGGUCCGGCGGGCUAUCCAACGGCAUGUCUCUGGAGGCGAUAGCGAGGCCUAUGACCGCGUCAAGGAAAUUUUCGCCAUCAACCCCCGGCGGCGGGAUGCGAAUGGCAUGCCGCCAUCAAAUGUACCUACACACAAUACACUGAAACAUCAUCUCAUGGGUCUUCUGUCGAACGUGGCAGCCUUGGAUCGCAGCUGCAACGGGCUGGUUCAAGCCGUGCUAGACAGCGAGUGGCUUGGGCGCGACGAGUCGUACAUCAAGCUGUAUAUCCGGUUUUUGGGGAACCUUGCGGCUGCACAAGGAAGCUAUCUGGGUUCUGUACUUAAGAUGCUGACCAACUACAUGGGCGAGCUCCCCAAGGGCACAGGGAAGCUGCCCGGGUAUCCGCAUGUCGAACCCGCUGAGGCCUACACCCGCGUACAUAUGGCAAUGCGUCAUGUCCUGCAACUUGUUCCUUCUGGAAGCGGCUCGCUCUCCCCAAUCAUAUCCUCCCACUUUCCGUUUGAUACGGACUCGGCCAAGGCCAACAUUGCCUAUACCCAAAAUCUCAUCAGAGUCAUCCGCUAUGCGCCGGAACUCCAGGCGGACAUCCUCGCUCUGAUUACCGAGAAGCUGGUCAAGAUCGAUGUACAAAUUCAGGUUGAUAUGGACGAUCUCGAGGACGAGGAGGGCGAAGAGGUUCUGCAUGCCGUCUCUCCUGAGGCUGUUAUGUUCGCCGAAGACUUAGACGACGAUGACGAUGACAACGCUUCCGUCAUGAGCGAUGAGUCUAUUGAGCCCGAAUCGCGAAGACUGAAGACUAUCAAGGAGAAUAUCCUCAAACUGGACGGCAUGAUUGAUACCCUAUUUGAAUAUUACGCACCACCCUUUACAUCAGGCACGCCUGACGACAAGGAAAACGCCCUCGACCUCCUCCUCAGCCAUUUCUCAACCAUCAUCCUCCCCACCUACCGCUCCCGCCACUCACAAUUCCUUCUCUUCCACUUCUCCCAAUCCUCUCCGGUCCUCGUCGACCGCUUCGCCGCUACAUGCGUCCAGCUCAUCUUCAACAAAGCGCAGCCCGCCAUCCUGCGACAAUCUGCUGCCGCGUAUCUCGCUAGCUUUGUCGCCCGUGGCGCUCACAUCUCCAGCGAAGUCGUCCGCGACGUCUUCGAACUCCUCGGCACACACCUCGACACUCUCCGCCUAGACUACGAACCCUCUUGCCGCGGUCCCGACCUCCGCCGUUUUGGCCCCUUUUACUCUACCGCCCAAGCCCUCCUCUACAUCUUCUGCUUUCGAUGGCGCGACCUCACAACGGCCGCCAUGGAAGGCGACACUCCCGAGCAAAUUGACGAGCUCGAACCCGAGGACAUCACCUUCCCCCCUUCCAUCCGAGACGUCCUCCACAAAGCCAUCCUUUCCAAACUCAACCCUCUCAAGGUCUGCUCCCCGGCCAUCGUCUCCCAAUUUGCGCGCAUGUCCCAACACCUCAACUUCAUCUAUGUCUUCACCAUCCUCGAGACAAACAAGCGUCUCCGCAUGUCUACAUACCGCAAUAUUGCCGCCCUCUCAGAUCCACGCUAUAGCCACGUUGAGCGCGAGACCCGCGCUGGCGAUGAUUUGGGUUACCAGCUAGACGCUUACUUCCCGUUCGACCCCUACCAGCUCCCGCGAAGUCGGAGAUGGCUAGAGGGUGAUUAUGUGGAAUGGCGUGGGAUUCCCGGUCUAGAUGACCGGGAUGAUGACGAUGAUAGUGAUGAUCUUGAAGAAGCGUCUGAUGGUGAAGAUGACCUGAGUGACGGGACGGAAACGGACCAUGAAUGA